CAUUGUUCUUAUUGCUUCAAUAGCAGUUGUGUCUGCAAAAACUCAGGGUAAUAUUUUUGCCACGUCUGCACUCAGAAGUCUCCGUUUCCUACAGAUCCUCCGCAUGGUGCGCAUGGACCGAAGGGGAGGCACUUGGAAAUUACUGGGUUCGGUGGUUUAUGCUCACAGCAAGGAAUUAAUCACAGCUUGGUACAUAGGAUUUUUGGUUCUUAUUUUUUCAUCUUUCCUUGUCUAUCUGGUGGAAAAGGAUGCCAAUAAAGAGUUUUCUACAUAUGCAGAUGCUCUCUGGUGGGGCACAAUUACAUUGACAACUAUUGGCUAUGGAGACAAAACUCCCCUAACUUGGCUGGGAAGAUUGCUUUCUGCAGGCUUUGCACUCCUUGGCAUUUCUUUCUUUGCACUUCCUGCCGGCAUUCUUGGCUCAGGUUUUGCAUUAAAAGUACAAGAACAGCACCGCCAGAAACACUUUGAGAAAAGAAGGAACCCAGCUGCCAACCUCAUUCAGUGUGUUUGGCGUAGUUAUGCAGCUGAUGAGAAAUCUGUUUCCAUUGCAACCUGGAAGCCACACUUGAAGGCCUUGCACACCUGCAGCCCUACCAAGAAAGAACAAGGGGAAGCAUCAAGCAGCUGGGGACAGUGGACAUUGCGUCAGAAGCUAAGUUUUAAGGAGCGAGUGCGCAUGGCUAGCCCCAGGGGACAGAGUAUUAAGAGCCGACAAGCCUCAGUAGGUGACAGGAGGUCCCCAAGCACCGACAUCACAGCUGAGGGCAGCCCCACCAAAGUGCAGAAGAGCUGGAGCUUCAACGACCGAACCCGCUUCCGGCCCUCGCUGCGCCUCAAAAGUUCUCAGCCAAAACCAGUGAUAGAUGCUGACACAGCCCUUGGCACUGAUGAUGUAUAUGAUGAAAAAGGAUGCCAGUGUGAUGUAUCAGUGGAAGACCUCACCCCACCACUUAAAACUGUCAUUCGAGCUAUCAGAAUUAUGAAAUUUCAUGUUGCAAAACGGAAGUUUAAGGAAACAUUACGUCCAUAUGAUGUAAAAGAUGUCAUUGAACAAUAUUCUGCUGGUCAUCUGGACAUGUUGUGUAGAAUUAAAAGCCUUCAAACACGUGUUGAUCAAAUUCUUGGAAAAGGGCAAAUCACAUCAGAUAAGAAGAGCCGAGAGAAAAUAACAGCAGAACAUGAGACCACAGAUGAUCUCAGUAUGCUCGGUCGGGUGGUCAAGGUUGAAAAACAGGUACAGUCCAUAGAGUCCAAGCUGGACUGCCUACUAGACAUCUAUCAACAGGUCCUUCGGAAAGGCUCUGCCUCAGCCCUCGCUUUGGCUUCAUUCCAGAUCCCACCUUUUGAAUGUGAACAGACAUCUGACUAUCAAAGCCCCGUGGAUAGCAAAGAUCUGUCAGGUUCUGGACAAAACAGUGGCUGCUUAUCCAGAUCAACCAGUGCCAACAUCUCAAGAGGGCUGCAGUUCAUUCUGACGCCAAAUGAGUUCAGUGCCCAGACUUUCUACGCGCUUAGCCCUACUAUGCACAGUCAAGCAACACAGGUGCCAAUGAGUCAAAGUGAUGGCUCAGCAGUGGCAGCCACCAACACCAUUGCAAACCAAAUAAACACGGCACCCAAGCCAGCAGCCCCAACAACUUUACAGAUCCCACCUCCUCUCCCAGCCAUCAAGCAUCUGCCCAGGCCAGAAACUCUGCACCCAAACCCUGCAGGCUUACAGGAAAGCAUUUCUGACGUCACCACCUGCCUUGUUGCCUCCAAGGAAAAUGUUCAGGUUGCACAGUCAAAUCUGACCAAGGACCGUUCUAUGAGGAAAAGCUUUGACAUGGGAGGAGAAACUCUGUUGUCUGUCUGCCCUAUGGUGCCAAAGGACUUGGGCAAAUCUUUGUCUGUGCAAAACCUGAUCAGGUCGACUGAGGAACUGAAUAUACAACUUUCAGGGAGCGAGUCAAGUGGCUCCAGAGGCAGCCAAGAUUUUUACCCCAAAUGGAGGGAAUCCAAAUUGUUUAUAACUGAUGAAGAGGUGGGUCCCGAAGAGACAGAGACAGACACUUUUGAUGCCGCACCGCAGCCUGCCAGGGAAGCUGCCUUUGCAUCAGACUCUCUAAGGACUGGAAGGUCACGAUCAUCUCAGAGCAUUUGUAAGGCAGGAGAAAGUACAGAUGCCCUCAGCUUGCCUCAUGUCAAACUGAAAUAAGUUCAUUUUCUUUCCAGGCAUAGCAGUUCCUUUAGCCAUACAUAUCAUUGCAUGAACUAUUUCGAAAGCCCUUCUAAAAAGUUGAAAUUGCAAGAAUCAGGAAGAACAUGAAAGGCAGUUUAUAAGCCCGUUAUCUUUUAAUUGCAUGAAAAUGCAUGUUUAGGGAUGGCUAAAAUUCCAAGGUGCAUCGACAUUAACCCACUCAUUUAGUGAUGUACCUUGAGUUAAAAAGCCUGAGAAACCAAACACAGCUAACGCUAUGGGGUGUAUGAAUAUGUCAAGUUUAGGCCAUUUAGAAGAUUUGACACUGUAUUUUGAAAUCAUGGGAGUAAACACCUACAAAUUUCAGGCAUUUCUGCUUUGUGAGUAAAUACAAACUGCAUUUUCAAGAUUAGGCCAUAAUGUAUAUUUAAACACAAUGGUUAUCAACCGCUGCUAAUAAGGUAUCAACUAAAGCAGAAUUGGGGAAUAAUAGAAAUGGAUGCUUAUGUCAAGAUAUAUUUGCCAACUCAUUCCUACUCAGUCAUUUUAUUAUUAAUGUAAUUUGGAUGUCAAUUUGUGUGCUUUUGGUGAUUUAGCACUGUGGCAAGCAAUUUUGCACAUCAUUUUCAUGUUGUUCUUUAUGACAAGAAUGUUCUUCAAUUAGAAAAUGUGCAAAUAAUGAAAUUCAGGGCCAGUGGGGCAAAUAGACUAUCUGACAUAUUUGACUUUAUGAAAACAUAUUCCCUGAUGGCAGAAUCAACUUUAUGAGUGGUCAACUUCUACACAAGCAUAUGAAAUACUGAUCAGUAGAACAAAUAUUGUGAUUGGGCUGGUUUCUCUGCACAUAAAGGGCAAGUGUGAGAAGCUAUUCUCAUUUUGCUGACAUAUAGGUAGGACCCUGGGGGAUGGGACAUUUGAGUGGGACUGAGAUAGGAAAGGCUUGAAAAUAAUCCAGAAACAACACCAGGAAGUUGGCAAAGUAAAAGAAAAUGACAUCCCCCUCAAAGGGCAAUGAGCAGGAGAGAAACAAACCAAAAUAGAAGAACUAGAUUUUUUUUUUUAAUGAGUAUUCUUAGGGAAUUCAACUACCUAAUCUUCCCUUAUUCUUAUAUAUAAGCAGAGAACUUUUGCAAGGUAUUUAUUUUUUAAUAUGCCCUGAAUGUCUUUUGCUAUUAUGUGUACAUUUUGCAUAUGAAAGUCUAAAACGAAACUUCCUUUACUUUUUCUACUGUUGUGAAAAUUUUCUAUUCUUCCCAAGAAUGUCGUCCCAAAUAUGAAAUUACUGGUUCAGUUUCCUGAUGUGAACAUUUACCAUUACAAGCUAGAUAGUACUGGCAGGGUCUGCAAAUCAGAACACUUAAGUAUAUCAUGGCAGCAAAAAGACCAAGGGAAACAAAAUGACAAAAGUAUUUAUCAGAAAGCAAGCAAUGCUACUGACUGCUUGUUAGAAACCCAUCUAGUUAUCUCAGGCCGUCAGAACUUCAGCCAAAGUAAUGACAUACGAGAUAGCAUUUCAAUUCAAUUAAACCCUAGCCACAGGAGGACUCAAGAAAGGAAGUUUUUCCCUUGGCGGACAUUAAUAGUGCUCCAGAAAUACUUCUCCAGCAGCCAGGCAGAAUGAGCAGGGUUAUCCAGUGGAUGUUCAAAGUAAGGAGGAGGCCCUGAACUCCACCAGACCUCCCAGCCCUCCCCAACAGGCUUUCUCCAUCACUGACUCUCCCCUACUUUUCUUCUUCAUUAACUCCUUAUUCAUUCCCUGCCAGUAUUUUCCUUCUGAAUUUCACGUCUUAACCAGCCUCCAACCCCAAGGAAACCAGUUCUCAGCCUUACCUAAAAUGUGCUUCUCAACCUUUUAGAACUUUGUCCCUUUUGAUAAACAUGGACAUUUUUAAACCUCCAUCUUCUCAUCCCACUUGGAUUCUAACACAGUCGGAAUCAUUUAGAAUCUUUUUGGCUGCUGGAGACACGUAGAAGAUAGAGGCUAAAUUUUACACCCCAGUUAAGACUUUGUCAAUCCUUUAAAGCAAGUGUUUUCAUUUUAAAAAUAUAGAAUGUUAGUAAAUUAUGAAAUUCAAGUUUUCAUCUUCACUGAACUGAAGUUGUAAUUCCCCCUCCCAAGAAUACUACUGCAUACAAACACACACAAUUUCCACUGACCUAAAGCCAGACACCUGCCAUGACUGGGCAGGCUCUCCCCCAGUAUUAACAGAGGAAAAGGAGUGAGGCAGCAACUUUCAGGUAGCACUGAUUCUUGGACAUAAUCUGUCCUGGGUCGAACCCCACUGGCAGCAGGAAUUCUGAAUGUAUUGGGGACCCCUCCUUGUUAGCCUCAAACACAGUACAGCUCAUCCAGCAUUGCUAAAGACCGAAGAUUCAGAACAAAACCUACACACAGCACUGAGGUCUUAAUCAUAGCAAAACGUGAUAAACCGUGUUGUGAAAAGCUUUUAUACAUUGAAGCCAUGACCAUUUUGUGUCUAUCUUACUCUAGCACAAAAAUUUGGGGUUGUUAAAGGAUAGUUGUAUUAUGUGGAAGCUAUAAGGUUCUGUCUGUCAUGUUACUCUCUAUGGAAAUGAGAGGGGUCUCCCAUUUACACUAAGCAAAGUUCCUUUGGUCAAUCUUAAAUGAUGUCUUGAAGCACAAUUUAGCUGAGCGCUGAGUGGCCAUAUGCUUUCUCAGUACAAGUGUGUCUGCCCUCUUCAACAUGUAGGGUUGAUCAAGCUAAUAUUUAAUUGCAAAUAUCCCUUGUAUGAAGUUAACUAAAAAAAUUUUGCUAUGUCUGAUCUAAACGUUUGCAUUCUGUUCAACUAAAUUAAUAUUUGUAAAUUGCAAGUUUUCUUUAAAAUAGCUUUAUUGAGUUUUUAAGUCCUGAUCUGUUCUAAGGUGCCUUUCUCACCUCCCACUGAUUUAUCGAUUCUCAAACUUCUUAAUUUGCAAGAAAAAUAAGUCUAAUAGAGAGGAGGAAAUCAGGCACUAAGUGACCAAUUCUCAUGCCCAUUUGCAAAGCAAAACUACAAGGAAUGAUGAAACCUGGGCAACUAAAUUAAUGGAUCAUUUCACUAAAUCAGAUUGAGGAAAUAGAAAUAUUAACUUGUCUCCCUUGAAGCUGAUAUUUUUCGCCUUAAAUGACAUGGUUGUGUUUUUGUAAGAGAAACUUAAUCUAAUAUAAUUAUGUGCAUUUAAGUGAGCAGUUCUAAAAGUCAUGUAUGACAAUGCAAUUGUCUGUUUCCUGAAAACAAAUCAGGAACGCCAUAUCCAUUUCAAGCUACCAUUAAAGUGUAAUUUAUUUUGCUCUCCUUUACUGGGAUUAUUUGUUUUAAAGUAAACAUUAAAAAGAUGUCUAUAAACA